AUGUCAGACAAAGAUUUCAGUGGCAACGACGACCUGUCCCUGCCCAAGGCGACGGUCCAGAAGAUCAUCUCCGAAAUCCUACCGCAAGUCCCCCACGACGCGAGUGCUGCAGGCAGAGAUGGCGAAAUGACCUUCACCCGCCCGGCGCGUGAUCUGUUGAUCUCGUGCUCCCUGGAGUUUUUGCGCAUGUUGUCUUCCGAGUCCAACGACAUCUCGGAGCGCGAGUCCAAGAAGACGAUCAGCGUCGAGCACGUCGAACAGGCCCUCACGGAUCUGGGCUUCGGCAGCUACAUCGAGGGCUGUCGCGGCGUGGUGGGCGAGUGGCAGGAGGUCCAGAAGAAGCGGGUCGGUCGCGGCGAGAAGAUGCGCAACUUUGGCGGAUUCGAUAAGAUGGGCGAGGAGGAGUUGCGGAAGAUGCAGGAGGCCCUGCUGGGUGAAGCCCGUGGGAGGAUGGAGGGGCAGAACGAACCACAUGGAGAAUGA